CGGCGAGGAGAGGCGAGGCGGAGGCGGCGGCGGAGGCGGCAGCAGCACCUUUGACGUGCCCGUCCCCCACGUGACGGCCGCUCCACUGCGGGGCGGGCGCUGCGCUGUCGCCGCUCCGGCAGAGCAGGGAGAGAGAGAGAGCCGCAGCCCCGGCUGUGUGUGUGUGCGUGUGAGCGCGUGUGUGUGCCCGCGUGUGAUGAGCGAGCGCCGCCGCGUCCCCCCGCCCGCUGCCGGCUGACGCCGCCCGCGCGGGGCGCGCCCGGAGCCGCAGGAGUGACCUUGGCCCGCCAGAACAACAAAAGCAGAUCAAAUCUGUGGGACAUGGCACAAGGAAAUAAUUACGGGCAAAGCAGCAACGGGGUGGCUGAUGAAUCCCCAAACAUGCUGGUGUACAGAAAGAUGGAAGACGUCAUAGCCCGCAUGCAAGAUGAGAAAAAUGGGAUUCCUAUUCGUACAGUCAAAAGUUUUCUUUCCAAGAUCCCCAGUGUCUUUUCUGGUUCAGACAUUGUUCAGUGGUUGACGAAGAACUUAUCUAUAGAAGAUCCAGUGGAAGCUCUACAUUUGGGAACACUGAUGGCAGCACAUGGGUAUUUUUUUCCAAUCUCAGACCAUGUUCUAACACUGAAGGAUGAUGGCACCUUUUAUCGAUUCCAGACACCCUAUUUUUGGCCAUCAAAUUGUUGGGAGCCGGAAAACACAGACUAUGCGGUUUAUCUCUGCAAGCGGACAAUGCAAAACAAAGCAAGGCUAGAGCUAGCAGACUAUGAAGCUGAGAGUUUGGCCAGGCUACAGCGAGCAUUUGCUCGAAAGUGGGAGUUUAUUUUUAUGCAAGCUGAAGCACAAGCAAAAGUAGACAAGAAGAGAGACAAGAUAGAGAGGAAGAUUCUUGACAGCCAGGAGCGAGCAUUCUGGGACGUGCACCGGCCGGUGCCUGGAUGUGUAAACACUACUGAAGUGGAUAUAAAAAAGUCUUCAAGAAUGAGAAAUCCACAUAAAACAAGAAAGUCUGUCUAUGGCUUACAAAAUGACAUCCGAAGUCACAGCCCUACUCACACGCCAGUACCAGAGACUAAGCCUCCCACAGAAGAUGAACUACACCAAGAGAUUAAGCACUGGCAAAUGCAGUUAGACAGACAUCGAUUAAAAAUGUCCAAAGUUGCAGAGAGUCUAUUAGCUUAUACAGAGCAGUAUUUGGAGUAUGAUCCUUUUCUUGUGCCCCCUGAUCCCUCAAACCCAUGGAUAUCAGAUGACACCACUUUCUGGGAACUGGAGGCAAGCAAAGAGCCUGGACAGCAGAGGGUGAAGCGAUGGGGUUUUGGCAUGGAUGAAGCUUUGAAAGACCCCGUGGGAAGAGAGCAGUUUCUCAAGUUCCUGGAGUCAGAAUUCAGUUCAGAAAAUUUAAGGUUCUGGUUAGCGGUAGAAGACCUGAAGAAGAGGCCUAUCCGUGAAGUUCCUGCUCGUGUCCAAGAAAUCUGGCAAGAAUUUCUUGCUCCAGGUGCACCCAGCGCCAUCAAUCUAGAUUCAAAAAGUUAUGACAAAACCACACAGAAUGUAAAGGACCCUGGAAGAUACACGUUUGAAGAUGCUCAGGAGCACAUUUACAAACUGAUGAAAAGUGAUUCUUAUCCUCGUUUUAUACGAUCCAGUGCCUACCAGGAGCUGCUACAGGCCAAGAAAAAGGCUGGAACCCCACAUUCAUUUUUCCGAGGAGCCAGGAGCCACCUUGAACCGGGGAACUUCUGUAGCGCUUUGAGAGUAACCAUUCAUAAAGACUUUACAGCUCUGAACUACAGCACGCACAAAGAACACUUUUUUUCUAGUGACUACAAAAUGCUUCAAUAAGCUCUGCUCAGGUGAAACCUCUAUUAGCACUGAACAGUAGUGAAGCUUUUUAUGUUAGCCACUAAGGAUUUGACUAGUAGAUAAUUGCGAUUACGUGUUCUCCUCAGAACAACCUGCACUAUAUCAGAAGAAAAUCAAGCUUCAAUCAAGCUGCUCAGAGAUUAUGAAAUACUCAGAUGUAGAAUGCCAAGCUUCCCUGUUUUAGCCAUAGAGGUACAAUGCAAAUUACUGCUAAGCAGGCAAUAGUCUCAGGAUUUAUUGCAGUGAUUGAACAUAGAAAUACUGAAAGUUCACAGAAAAGCCUGCUCUUGUGAACUUUCAGCCAACAUUUGCAGACUAAGAAGCCAUAGGUUAUUCAUAUAAUAAAUGGAUGCAUAUCUGUCCAAAUAUUUAAUAAAGAUAAUAUAUGAGAAGCAUGAAAAAAGUCAUUUUCCUCUGCAGUAAAAAUACGUCUCUUCUAUUGGAUACAGGACAGUGGAAAUAGCAGUUUAAACUUUUGAAGCUUUGACAUUUGGAAAAUGGUAUUGUGACAAGAAUUAUACCAAAACUACAGGUCUUAGAAUGGGAAUUGUCAGUUCAAAUGAGACCAAAUUUUGAUGAAUUAAGGACUUAACUGUCCUUAACUAACAUGUAAACCAUUUAAAUAAGAAAUUUGUACCAAAAUGUAAAUUGAACCAU